AUGAGGCCAAGGAGAUCAUUUUCCAAAACACGGCCAACAGACCCAACAAGUAUCGGGUGGUCAACGAUUGCCUGUUCUUUACCGUGGACGCGGACGAGGGCGAGAUCCCGGAGGGCGGUACGGCCCGGGUGCUGGUGCGACCCAACAUGGCGGCCAUCCACCAGAACCGACGUCUCUUCCUCAAGGAGAAGUACAUCGAGGAGCACAUCACCGUCUACAGCUUCCACCCCCAGCGCUACACCGAACGUUGCUUCGUCGCCAUCCGGCUCGUGCUCGGGCACCUGCCCUCCGACGUCUUCUACACCUCCCCGGAACGCGUAUCCGUUCUUUACGCUGGAGGAGCGGAUCGUGUGCUUCAUGCGCGAUCUGAACCUCUUCUUCACCCACCCGGGACCACGACGAGGGGAGCAGCCGGAGGAUAUGAGCCUGGACGAGGCCACGUCGCGUGAGCAGCAGCAGCGGAACCCGCUCGGCGCGGCGCUGGUCAACAUCAGCAACCAGACCGACAACGAGGAGCGGCAGCGAUGGAUGGACCGAGUGUCGUUCGAGCUCCACUACAUCACCGACCAGCUCGGCUUCUACGGCCUCAAGAAGCAGACCGGCGGCAACGCCCUGCGCCUGGCCCACCUCUUGUUCUCGGGCCUGCAAAAGCAGUACGACGUGAACGCGCUCAUCCACAAGUGGGGCAAGUCCAAGCAGCAACACCCCAGCAGCCCGCACGUGCGAGAGGGCUCCAAGGUGCUGCUCUUCAUGAUUGAGCAGUGGGCCGGUCGGUUGAGCUACUUUGUGGGCCUGUUCCCGGAGGCCAACGAGGACCUGGAGCUGUUGCGAGCACUGCGCACUCGGCUCCACACUCAGAGCGGCCUCCUCCAGGCCUUCCUUCAAGGUGCCGCGACCGCCACCACCGACGCCGCCGCCGCCAGCAGCAAGGCUCCGAAGGAGAAGGAGAAGGAGGAGGACUAG